AUGUCGGCAGAUGACAGGAAAGAAGUCACUCAUCCCUUUUUCCCAAUCCGUCAACGACCGCGGCCAAAGAACGAACUCAUUGAUUCACGACAUAGCCAUGGUCCAUUGUGUCAGGAAAAUGGCUUCUCUUGUAAGAAAACCUAUCCGAAUUGCGAUUUUAAAUCCCUACUUUCUUUGUGCUUUAUAAAUGAUACAUAUUAUUGCAUGGAAAAAGACCCAGGCGAUAAUGACUGUCAACGCUGCACAGAACCCGGUUAUCACUGCGCUAAUCACUACCCAAACUGCAAUUCUGAAUAUACUGUAGAAGUCUGUGUUUCUAAUAAACAAUUUUUGUGUGUCGAACGGUUAUCGCACACACUGCCGUCAUCAACGCACCACAUAACAACCCCAGUUCCAACCGUGACUACACCCAAAGUCAAUACUAGUUUGGAAGAAUGUAAUUUCUCUAAGAUAGGCCUUCGUCCACCAGAAUCGGUGACCGUUUGUCGAGAAAACUGUCUUCCUGUUAAUACAUACAUUGAUCUAUCAAAAAUUGGAAUUUGCUCGCAGGGUGUGUGCUGUCUGAAUAAGAUACAAACAACAGAGAAAUGUGCAGGGACCAAGGGCAGUUGA